GAGGGAAGUAACAGUAAGAAGAACGAACAGUGUUGUGUUCUGCUAAAAAUACAAAUUGCAAUGAAGAAGAGGAGCGAGGUGGAGCCCCAGCAACCUUCUUCUUCUGUUGUUGAGUUGCAGAAAGAGAAAGAAAAAUGGAAAGGGGACCAAACCCUCGUGUCUUCCAAUCCCAAUCCCAAGUUUGAUGAUGGCUUCUACGAAAUCGAAACCAUACGCCGUAAGAGGGUGCGCAAGGGUCAGCUACAAUACCUAAUCAAAUGGCGUGAAUGGCCGGAGACUGCCAAUACUUGGGAGCCUCUUGAAAAUCUGCAGUCAGUUCCUGAUCUAAUUGAUGCUUUUGAAGACAGCCUCAAGUCGGGAAAACAGCGUAAGCGCAAACGCAAGUAUGUCGUUCACCAUGUCCAACCCAAGAAGCGACUCCAACGUUCUACCACUUCUUACAGCCUUAGACACUUUCCAACUGAAAACCAUAUUCCUGCCCAUCCUCAAACUCACAUUGCUACUGACAUAGGACAGACUAAUGCUAAUCCCACUGCCCCUUCGCAACCCGAACAUGCUAAUGUAAAUGGGUUUGCAAAACACGAGGACAAUGAUUAUGAUCCAAAGCUCAGUGAACUUAAAGCUACAAUGAACAAUGGGGUUGAUAUUGAUAAGCUCGCAAUACAUUUCCAACAACCUAAGGUUUCAACAGUCAACGGUCAUGUGGAUGGUCAAUCGAAGGUGGAUUGUGUGGAACCAGUUCAAAAUGGGCGCUGCAGAGGAGCAAAAAGGAGAAAAUCUGGUUCUGUGAAGAGGUUCAAGAAAGAGACAUAUGCAUGCGAGCCUGUUGAUGCACAGAAUGCAAUCGGCAUAUCUGUUGGUACAGGUGAACCAGGUUGCAGAGGUAUUGCUGGUUAUAUGCAAAAUAAUAGUCACACGAACAUGGGCAAUGCUACAACUGCCUGCAAUAUUGUCAAGAUUAUAAAGCCAAUAGGCUAUUCAGCUUCUUUAUCUGACAACAUACAUGAUGUUUCAGUGACCUUUAUGGCUAUGAGGUCUGAUGGAACGGAAGUGAUGGUGGAUAACAAAUAUCUCAAGGCAUAUGAUCCACUUCUGCUGAUCAAUUUCUAUGAGCUGCAUCUCCGGUAUAGUCCUAUAUCGUGACUGAACAGAGUAACAAAGGAGCUUCCCGUGUUUGUCGUUGGUGACAAUAAUGUAGUUUUGUAGAUGCAGCGGAUGAUAAGGGUAAUGCUUUGUUGGUUAGUGCAUCAUGAUAUAACCUUUAGACCAAUUGCUUUAACAGGGCGUGUUUGGAAGUCAACAAACUGUGAUGACUAAUUAUUAGCAAGAACGAUAUAACUGGACCUACAGGUCAGUUCUGUCCGUUGAAAGUCAACCUAUGUUUGGCUGGACUAAGUUCAGCCUUUUUUUUUUUUUGGAAGUUUGCUAGUCCAAUCCGAACACUUCAUCAAGUUAUUUGACCUGCCACGUUAGACUAAAACCGUGUUUGGAAAUUUAUUUUAAUUAAGCGUAUUUAAAUUUAUAUUUAGAAAUUAAAAUUAACAUAACCGUUAAAUGAAAUAUUUUAAUAUGUUUUUAAUUAGUAAAUAAAAGCAUUAAUUUAAGUUUAUCAUUUAAUUCACUUAACGUAAAUGUGUGUAUGUAUAUAUUAAAAGAUCUUUAAAAUUUUGUAUGUAUGUGCGUUUCUAUGAACAAGUUAGGUACUGCAAUACUUAUAGACCAACACUCAUGUCUACAAAUUUUUAGGAAUAAUUACCAAAAUCCAGACCUAUUGUUGAGUAAAAACACUACUCAUUGGGGGCAUUUGUUUGGUUUACGUCUGAUUGUCGUCCUUAGUUUUAUAUAGCCUGGUUGUGAACCCGACUGGGUAUAACUGACAAAAUGUUGCCGACUGAAAUAAAGCUAAAAGACGAGAAACAGUCUGCAGACAAUACAAUUAAUCCAGAUAUUUUCUUUUAACUAUCAUGUAAUUUGAUGAACAUAAAGCCUCAUUUAUAGUGAGGAUUCGUGAGUUCCCGGGUUAAGUAUAUCUUAAACUUGGGUCACUGAACAACUGCAGCUACGUUUGAUUAAUGAAUGGUACAGUACAGAGACAGAAACCAUCUUGCAUCAGAAGGCUAAAGUUGCUUAUUGUUUGGUGUGGAUGGCCUUUGCUCCAUCACUGUCAUUUGCGUUGUUAAAAGCAACACUGCCACGACUCCGUCCAAUUCCCAGUUUGGGCAAACCUCUAUUCAACCCGUCAAGAAGAACACAAGCUUUACACCAUUUCUGCAAUCCAAACACACAUAUUGUGGAACAGAGUUCAUGAGGAAUUUAAGGGAUUGAUUGAUUGAUUAAUUGAUUGGUUGAUUAAUUAAUUGAAUAAUACCUACCUGGCUAG